CAAGAAGAUCCUGGAACUCAUGUCCAACAUCAUCCAGCUGCUGACUGGAGAGGUUGCCAUAAGGACUCAUCAUGUUUCCAUCUAUUUUUCCUUGGACGAGUGGGACUAUAUAAAAGGAAACAAGGACCUUUAUGAGGAAGGAAUGAAGGAGGAGCCACAGCAGCUCCACCCACUGGACUGUGAAUAUGAAGAUAAGAGAGAUAUUACAGCUGAUCUGGGAGGAACAUUAUGUUGUAAUAAUGAGCCAAGCAAGGUUGGGACUGAAGGAGCAGAUUUCUGUGCUGAAGGAAAUGUCACAAACCCUGAAAUUUCUCCAGUGGAACAGCCCCCACCAGCCAAUGAGAUUAAAGAGGAAGGGACUUCAUGUGAAGAGGGAAACCAAUCAGAUUGCAGCAUUACUCCACUUUCAGAACAGAUACAGGGAACAGAUACACCUACUCCUAGCAUGGGCUGCACCCUGAAUAACAGCUCAGCAGAUACAUCAAAUGGUAUUAAAGGGAAAGUGAUUUUAUGUGAAGGAGGAAACCAAUCAGAUUGCAGCAUUAAUCAAUUUACAGAACAUGCACAGGGAACAGAUACACCUACUCCCAAUACAGUGAUAUAUAACUGCUCUGAAUGCCACAAACGUUUUAGAUCUAAGUCCGGUUUUGUCAAGCAUCAGAAAACUCACACAGGAGAAACACCAUUUGUCUGUUUUGUGUGUGAGAAACGUUUUGUGUGUCAUUCAGAUCUCAUUGGACACCAAAGAAUUCACACAGGAGAGAAACCCUUCUCUUGUACAGAAUGUGGCAAGUGUUUCUCACGUCGUUCACACUUAAACAGCCACCACAAAACACACACAGGAGAGAAAUCGUUCCUUUGUUUUGCAUGUGGGAAAUGUUUUGCUAGUCGCUCACAUCUUACUGCCCAUCACAGAACCCACACAGGGGAGAAACCAUUUUCCUGUUCUGAAUGUGGGAAAUGUUUUAUCAAUCAGGCAUGCCUUAGGAUUCAUAAACGAAUUCACACAGGAGAGAAACCAUUCACUUGUACUGAAUGUGGGAAAGGCUUUAAAGAUCGCUCAAGUCUUACUGUACAUCACAGAACCCACACAGGGGAGAAACCAUAUACCUGCACUGAAUGUGGGAAAGGCUUUAAAGAGCGCUCAAGUCUUACUGUACAUCACAGAUCCCACACAGGGGAGAAACCAUUUUCCUGUUCUGAAUGUGGGAAAUGUUUUAUCAAUCAGGCAUGCCUUAGGGUUCAUAAACGAAUUCACACAGGAGAGAAACCAUUCCCUUGUACUGAAUGUGAGAAAAGUUUCAGCGAUCGGGCUUGUCUUAGAGGCCACAAAAGAACUCACACGGGAGAGAAACCAUACAGCUGUAGUGAAUGUGGCAAAUGUUUCCGUGAUGGUGCAGGCCUUAGAGUCCAUAAAAGAAUUCACACGGGGGAGAAACCGUACACCUGUAGUGACUGGUUUGAUCUGUAUCUACACAUCCCUAGGAAGAAGUCAGAUGAUGGGGGGGCCCUGCAUGCCCCUGGCUCCGUCAUACAGAAGGAAAAUAACAAGAAUGACAAGAAGAUCCUGGAACUCAUGUCCAACAUCAUCCAGCUGCUGACUGGAGAGGUUGCCAUAAGGACUCAUCAUGUUUCCAUCUAUUUUUCCUUGGACGAGUGGGACUAUAUAAAAGGAAACAAGGACCUUUAUGAGGAAGGAAUGAAGGAGGAGCCACAGCAGCUCCACCCACUGGACUGUGAAUAUGAAGAUAAGAGAGAUAUUACAGCUGAUCUGGGAGGAACAUUAUGUUGUAAUAAUGAACCAAGCAAGGUUGGGACUGAAGGAGCAGAUUUCUGUGCUGAAGGAAAUGUCACAAACCCUGAAAUUUCUCCAGUGGAACAGCCCCCACCAGCCAAUGAGAUUAAAGAGGAAGGGACUUCAUGUGAAGAGGGAAACCAAUCAGAUUGCAGCAUUAAUCCACUUUCAGAACAGAUACAGGGAACAGAUAUACCUACUCCUAGCAUGGGCUGCACCCUGAAUAACAGCUCAGCAGAUACAUCAAAUGGUAUUAAAGGGAAAGUGAUUUUAUGUGAAGGAGGAAACCAAUCAGAUUGCAGCAUUAAUCAAUUUACAGAACAGAUACAGGGAACAGAUACACCUACUCCUAUCAUGGGCUGCAUGAAUAAUAGCUCAGCAGAUAUUUUUACAUCAAAUGGUAUUAAAGAGGAACUGACUUCAUGGGAAUGGGGAAACCAAUCAGAUUGCAGCAUUUAUCAACACACAGAACAGAUACAGGGAAUAGAUACACCUACUCCUAUUAUGGGAUGCAGCCUGAAUAACAGUUUUCUGGUUAAUUAUAUAUCAGAUGAUAUGAAAAAGGAGGCAGCUUCAUCUGAAGAAGGGGACCUUUCUGAUAUUAGAAUUAUAACUGUUUCAGACUCAGUACUGGAAACAAAUACAUCUGCUCUUUUUGUUGGAGAGAGCCUUAAUACCAGAUUCUCACCUUCAUGUGAAGGGGGAAACCAAUCAGAUUGCAGCAUUAAUCCACUUACAGAACAUGCACAGGGAACAGAUACACCUACUCCCAAUACAGUGAUAUAUAACUGCUCUGAAUGCCACAAACGUUUUAGAACUAAGGCCGGUUUUGUCAAGCAUCAGAAAACUCACACAGGAGAAACACCAUUUGUCUGUUUUGUGUGUGAGAAACGUUUUGUGUGUCAUUCAGAUCUCAUUGGACACCAAAGAAGUCACACAGGAGAGAAACCCUUCUCUUGUACAGAAUGUGGCAAGUGUUUCUCACAUCGUUCACACUUAAACAGCCACCACAAAACACACACAGGAGAGAAAUCGUUCCUUUGUUUUGCAUGUGGGAAAUGUUUCGCUCGUCGCGCACAUCUUACUGCCCAUCACAGAACUCACAAGGGGGAGAAACCGUAUUCUUGUUCUGAAUGUGGGAAAAGGUUUUCAUAUCGUUCACACCUAAACUGCCACUACAAAAUACACACAGGAGAGAAAUCAUUCCUUUGUCUUGCAUGUGGGAAAUGUUUUGCUCGUCGGGCACAUCUUACUGAGCAUCAAAGAAUUCACACAGGGGAGAAACCAUAUUCGUGUUCUGAAUGUGGGAAAUGUUUUGCAUCUCGUGCGCUGUUUACUAAACACGGCAGAAUACACAGAGGAGAGAAACCAUUCAUUUGUUCUCCAUGCGGGAAACAUUUUACAUUUCACUCCGACCUUUUAGCACAUCAGAGGAUUCACACGGGGGAGAAACCGUUCUCUUGUACUGAGUGUGGGAAAUGUUUUCAAAGACGUCAACAACUCAUUGUGCAUCUGAGAACUCACACAGGAGAGAAACCAUUUUCCUGUUCUAAAUGUGGGAAAAGUUUCAUAGAUCGCCCGCGUCUUACUGUGCACCUCAGAACUCACACGGGGGAGAAACCAUUUCCCUGCCCUGAUUGUGGGAAGUGUUUCAGUAAUCACGCAGGCCUUCGGCUCCAUAAAAAAAUUCACACAGGAGAGAAACCGUUUUCCUGUGCCGAAUGUGGGAAAUCUUUCACCUAUCGGACAGACCUUACUGUCCAUCACAGAAUUCACACAGGAGAGAAACCAUUCACUUGUACUGAAUGUGGGAAAUGUUUUGCACGUCGCUUUCAGCUUACUGUACAUUCCCGGUUACACAAAGCAGUUUCUGCUAAUAACUGCAGUGACAUACAACUCUGAGCAUUAUACAGCCAUGAGUAAUAUACAAUAUAUAUGAUUCUUUAUGAUUAAAGUGUGCAUGAUCAAUAAACUUUUAAUGCUUUAGGCUUCA